CAGGCAUUGAUUCUACCUCUCACUCACUCACUUCAAGCUUCCCCUCUUCAUUAUUGAAGCAGAUACUGCUAGCAACGUGUCAGCACGUGAACACUUGCUCCCUCACUUAAAAGUGCCUAGAAAUCGGCUCCGAGAGCUGCUUUCCCUCUGGACAUGCGCAUGACUCGCACAGAGUGAUCCAUCCGUCUUGUCCAUUCUUCAAAUCGCUCUUGUCCAACAAUUUCCACCUACACACUAACUCUAGUCGUCACUGCAGAGCAUCCGAUGAACACUUUCUUGGUAACUCAACAUCCAAUGGAACGAAGGGUGACCAGAAGUGCUACGAAGCUAGCUUCUCCAGAAAAGCCACCCUUCAAGCCCAAGGAGCCUGUACAAGUGUCUAGUCCUCCGAAAACUGCAAAGCCUCCAAAGAUCAGGAAGCGGAAGUCUACAGCCGUUCAAAAUGGGAACUCCUUUGGCUGGCCGGUCAAGAAGUCCAGGGCGUUAUCGAGGAAUGUUGGCAAGCUUGAGACCCCUCAAACCAAUAUAGAGCGGGGAGUGAAGUAUGAAGAGCUACCUCACAAUCUUGGGCUAAUGCCCGUUUUCGUUCCACCCGCGUCCGUCGUCGGACAAUCUGUCUCGGUUCAGGUAAAGCCGUCCAACAGCGAAAGAGAUGCAAGUCAAGGGCGGGUACCGAAGAAGAACAAGAAGCUCAAGUAUCCGCACGGAGUGACACCUUAUCCCGAUUGGCCUCAUCCUACUCCGGAAGAGUGCCGCGAAGUCAAUCGCCUACUGACGUCGCUGCACGGAGAGUAUAAGCCACCCGCAGCUAUUCCUCCGCCCUCCCUUACCGUAGCCGGCUGUGGUGAAGUGCCAUCAGUCCUGGACGCUAUGAUUCGGACGCUUCUGUCGGCUUCGACCACCCAGGCCAAUGCGGCGCGUGCAUUCCAGGGACUUGUUGAGAAAUUCGGCAUUCUCCAGGAGGGCAUUGGCAAAGGGAGUGUGAAUUGGAACAAGGUUCAUCUUGCCUCACAAGUGGAGGUGCGCGACGCUAUAAAAAACGGCGGUCUUGCCAACUCCAAGAGCAAGCACAUCAAGAGAAUUCUCCAGAUGGUAUGGGAAGAGAAUCAGGAGCGCCGCAAAAUCAUAUCGUCGGAUGGAUCAGUUGAUGGCUUGAAGGGCCUCGACGUCACGAAAACUGCGCAACAUGUGCUAUCUCUCGACCAUUACCAUCUUCUAGACACGAAUGAUGCGCUGGACGCCCUCAUGAGCUAUCCUGGUAUUGCAUACAAGACAGCGUUGUGCGUUGCACUCUUUUGCCUGAGGCGACCGGCCUUUGCAGUUGACACGCAUGUCUUCAGGAUCGCGAAGUGGUUAGGUUGGGUACCCCCGGCAGGCGAAUGGGAUGGCCUCGCCCCGGGCAAGACAGGCAAGUUCGCUGGGCCGGAUCGAGACUCUACGGCGGCUCAUCUUCAAGUUCGUGUUCCAGACGACUUGAAGUAUUCGCUGCAUCAACUUCUCUUCAAACACGGACAACUGUGUCGACGCUGCCAGGCCAUUACUGGUGAGCAUAGUGAAGGAUGGGACAAGGGCUGUGUGAUCGACCAUCUUGUCAAACGCGAGAAACCAGCAUUGGCCCGCAUGAAGGUCGUCGAUAGGAACGUGACGCUGGGCUCCCUUACGCAACUCCCGAGCACAAGCACUGGUUCAGGCAGAGCUCCGAGAAAAGAAGAAGUCAUAGCUGAGGAAGAUAUGGAAGCGGGCGAGGAGAGCAGUGGGCUGAAUGAGCUGGACAGCGACGAAGACUUUGAAGAUUGAGGGUCUAUAUCGAUGAUGGUAGGGAUCCUGCUGCACACUGGCUUUCUUUGCUGAAAAUGGCAAAGAUGAGGCGUAACUCUAUAAAGACUCCAUGAGGCAGUUGGUAUUACUGGGAAUGUACAAUCUCCCGACCGGUAGGUGUGCUUCUUUCAAAAGCAUCUUUUCCUUUUCUAAAUCCAAUACCUUUGUGAGAUUCCAAAAGCGGACGUCUUUUCCACAGUUCUGCAAUUCUACUUUCCAUUGGAUGUUCACUAUUGGGUCAGCUUUCCCUUUGAGGUGAUCUUCCCUGCAGACUUCCAUUUUUCCGGACCAGAGCAAGUUCACUAUUAGCCACAUGGACAGCCCCUAUAAUAGUUAUGACACGUCCUUAUGAUGUGGGGUCAAUUUGGAACCCUGCUCCACAACGGUUACCGACAUUAGCGACC